AUGAAGCUGAUGGUUGAAGAAAGUUUUAAAACCUUAUUUUGGUCCAUAUUUGGCUUAUCUGAAGUGAUCUCGGUGGUGCUGAAAUAUGACCACAAAUUCAUCGAGAACAUCGGCUACGUUCUCUAUGGCGUUUAUAACGUCACCAUGGUGGUAGUGCUGCUCAACAUGCUCAUAGCCAUGAUCAACAACUCCUAUCAGGAAAUUGAGGAGGAUGCAGAUGUGGAAUGGAAAUUUGCCCGAGCAAAACUCUGGCUGUCUUACUUUGAUGAAGGAAGAACUCUACCUGCUCCUUUUAAUCUAGUGCCAAGUCCUAAAUCAUUUUAUUAUCUCAUAAUGAGAAUCAAGAUGUGCCUCAUAAAACUCUGCAAAUCUAAGGCCAAAAGCUGUGAAAAUGACCUUGAAAUGGGCAUGCUGAAUUCCAAAUUCAGGAAGACUCGUUACCAGGCUGGCAUGAGGAAUUCUGAAAACCUGACAGCAAAUAACACUUUCAGCAAGCCCACCAGAUACCAGAAAAUCAUGAAACGGCUCAUAAAAAGAUAUGUCCUGAAGGCCCAGGUGGACAGAGAGAAUGAUGAAGUCAAUGAAGGUGAAUUGAAAGAAAUCAAGCAGGAUAUCUCUAGCCUGCGCUAUGAGCUUCUUGAAGAGAAGUCCCAAGCUACUGGCGAGCUGGCUGACCUGAUCCAACAGCUCAGUGAGAAAUUUGGAAAGAACUUAAACAAAGACCACCUGAGGGUGAACAAGGGCAAGGACAUUUAGCAGCCCAGUGGGCAUCUGUGACUUCUACCAGCAUUCCAAGGCCAGGUUGGAUACCCUGGCCCCCAGCUCUGGUGGGGAGGGUCCUGGCCCACUCCUCUAGGACACAAGGGGAUCCACUGGCUCAGUCUCGAGCACAUCACUGACAUCUCCAGCCAGGAGCCUGGACCCAGAGUGGUUAUGAAACUAGGCUGCUGGGUAAGAAAAGUUACUCGGAAGAGUAGUGCCCUGACACAGGUGAGGCCUUUAGUCCAGCCUCAGUGAAAUACAUUCCUGUAGCCAGAGCAGGAAAAGGCCAUCUUGGAUGCACACGUGUGCCCUCCCAUGGCACAUGGGACUGCAGCUCUGGCUGUGUCCCGGGAAGUCAAACCUCCUCAUCCCAUGACCCCUUCUCACUGCCCCAUGCCACCCACAUACACAUCCAGC